CGCGCGGUGACGCCGCGGCAGGGCCGGAAGGAGCGCGGCGGCUGCUUCGGCGGCGGCGGCGGCGGGCGAGCUGUCGGCGGCCGCGUCUGGGGAGCUGAAGGCCCUUUGGAUCAGAUAGUUGCCAUGUUUAAGUAUUAGAACUUAUGUACAUCUGCAUUUGAAAAUGGCAGAGAGAAACAACAAUGAAGAAGUGAUUCACUUGAACAACUUUCACUGCCACAGAGGGCAAGACUGGAUCAAUGUCAGAGAUGGACCCAUCACCAUAUCUGACUCCUCUGAUGAGGAAGGGGUUCCAAUGCUGGUCACCCCAGCUGCUCAGCAACACGAUGAUGAUGACCUGGAUGAUGAUGUUAUCCUGACAGAAACAAAUAAACCUCAGACACCAAGACCCAAUCCCAUCAAACCAGCUGCCCAGUGGCAAGAUCUCAAAAGAUUGGGAGAAGAAAGGCCUAAAAAGUCUAGAGCAGCAUUUGAAUCAGAUAAGAACGGCUAUUUUUCAAUGUAUAACAGCUCAUUGUUUAAUUCUGGGGCACAGGAUGAUUCUGAGGAUGAAUACGGUACAUUUCUGGAUCUUGGGACUUCUGCAGUUUCUGAAUUAAUUAAGCCAAAUAGUCAAGCUGAAAGAGAACCCAAGCCUGGACCCAGCCAGAACCAAGCAGCAAGUGACAUUGUCAACCCUAGAUCAGAGCAGAAAAUCAUUAUCUUGGAAGAAAGUAACCUUUUCCCAGAUAGCGACACUUUGGAAAUUCAGAAUCAGUCAUCUGAAGACUCAGAGUCAGAACUUUUAUCAAACCUUGGAGAACCAACUGCUGUUAUAGAUGAUCAGGCCAUCGAGGAAGACUACUGGUUAGAUCCCCCUUACUUACAGUCGCUAAAUCAAAAGCCUCAGGAGAUAACAAACCAGGUUGUUCCUCAGGAACGGCAGCCUGAAGUGGAUUUGGGCCCAUUGUUGUACAAACAUGAACCUCCAGGAUCAACUUUUCCAAGGCCAGCUUUUCGACAACCAGAACCUCAGCAGGAUAGAAUUUCCCGUCCCUCUUCCCCUCAUCCAGCCCAUCCUCUUGAAGAACUUGAAGACCAGCAAUUAGCAAUAGAUGAUGAAGUGCCAGGACCAGCCUUCCCAAUUCAGAGAUCUCAGGAACCCAAUUUGAAAAAUUUUUGGGGCCAAGAAGCUCCUACAGUAGAUCAAGAACUUGUUGCACUAUUAGUGAAAGAAACAGAAGCAAGAUUUCCAGAUGUAGCAAAUGGGUAUGUAGAAGAAAUAAUUCAUUUGAAGAAUUACUAUGAUUUAAAUGUACUUUGUAAUUUUCUUCUGGAAAACCCAGAUUAUCCAAAGAGAGAAGAUAGAGUCAUUAUGAACCCCAGUAGCAGCCUGCUUGCCAGCCAGGAUGAGACAAAGCUGCCUAAGAUAGAUUUCUUUGACUAUUCAAAAUUGGCUCCCCUUGACCAACGCUGCUUCAUCCAAGCUGCUGACCUCCUGAUGGCCGACUUCAAAAUGCUCAGCAGUCAGGACAUCAAGUGGGCCCUGCAUGAGCUCAAAGGACACUAUGCAAUCACCCGAAAGGCCUUUUCCGAUGCCAUUAAAAAAUGGCAGGAGUUAUCACCAGAAACCAGUGGAAAAAGAAAAAAAAGAAAAGAAAUGAAUCAGUAUUCUUACAUAGAUUUCAAAUUUGAACAAGGUAACAUAAAAAUAGAGAAGAGAAUGUUCUUUCUGGAAAACAAGCGGCGACAUUGUAGGUCCUAUGAGCGACGUGCCCUCCUUCCAGCUGUGCAGCAAGAGCAGGAGUUCUAUGAGCAGAAAGUCAAAGAGAUGGCUGAGCAUGAAGAUUUUUUGCUUGCCCUGCAAAUGAAUGAAGAACAGUAUCAAAAGGAUGGCCAGCUGAUUGAGUGCCGUUGCUGCUAUGGGGAAUUUCCAUUUGAGGAGCUGACGCAGUGUGCAGAUGCUCACUUGUUCUGCAAAGAGUGUCUCAUCAGAUAUGCCCAGGAAGCGGUCUUUGGAUCUGGAAAGUCAGAGCUUAGCUGCAUGGAAGGCAGCUGCACAUGUUCUUUCCCGACCAGCGAGCUGGAAAAGGUGCUACCCCAGGCCAUUCUGGGCAAAUACUAUGAGCGGAAAGCUGAAGAAGAAGUUGCUGCAGCCUAUGCUGAUGAGCUUGUCAGGUGUCCUUCCUGUAGCUUUCCUGCUCUGUUGGACAGUGAUGUGAAGAGAUUCAGUUGUCCUAAUCCUCGAUGCCGAAAGGAAACCUGUAGGAAGUGUCAGGGACUCUGGAAAGAGCACAAUGGCCUCACCUGUGAGGAGCUGGCUGAAAAAGAUGACAUCAAGUACCGAACAUCUAUCGAGGAAAAGAUGACCGCUGCGCGCAUCAGAAAGUGCCACAAGUGUGGGACCGGCCUUAUCAAAUCUGAGGGCUGCAACCGAAUGUCUUGCCGCUGCGGUGCCCAGAUGUGCUACCUCUGCCGAGUUUCUAUCAAUGGCUAUGACCAUUUCUGCCAGCACCCUCGCUCGCCUGGAGCUCCAUGCCAAGAGUGUUCAAGAUGCUCUCUGUGGACCGACCCUACUGAGGAUGAUGAGAAGCUCAUUGAAGAAAUCCAAAAGGAGGCCGAAGAGGAGCAGAAAAGGAAGAAUGGAGAGAACACCUUCAAGCGCAUCGGCCCCCCCUUGGAGAAGCCUCCUGAGAAAGUGCAGCGGAUGGAGGCACUACCCCGACCUGUCCCGCAGAACCUGCACCAGCCACAGAUGCCCGCCUACGCCUUCGUGCCCCCGCCCUUCCCUAUGCCACCUGUCCGACCCAUGUUCAAUAACUUCCCCCUCAACAUGGGCCCCAUCCCUGCACCCUAUGUGCCCCCGCUGCCCAACGUACGGGUCAACUAUGAGUUUGCACCUGUCCACAUGCCCCUGGAGCACAACCUGCCCAUGCACUUUGGCCCCCAGCCCCGGCAUCGCUUCUGAUGGCCAGGAGCCCACGCACAGUUCCCACUGAGCAGCCCCAGCCUGUGUGGGUGGGUUAGUGAGGUCCCCUUACCCCUAAGAUAGCUCUGCCCAUGCCUUCAAGUAGGACUGAUGGAGUGACCCCACACAGGCCAGGCCAGGCCAGGAAGAACCUCUACCCCUUGCAAAGUGACUGGCAGCCCACAUGCCUUGGGACCCACUCAGGAUUGAAAUGGGGCUCCCUAGAGAUUGGGGACUGCCACACCCUCUCCCUGCAGAACUCUGCCAUCCUCCUGGCGUCCAGCACCAUGGUCCCAGGCCCCGGGCAAGCCCUCCGUGUCCCGCGCGUUCCUGCAGAAGACUGAGGAUGCUGCCCGCUCUGCUGCCACCACCGCUCUCCCUCCCAGACCACGUAGGCCUUCCUCCCCACCACACAGCUGGGGCAGAGCCGAGGUAGCAGCAGGUACAGUCCAGCUCUCCUGCCCCACCCCUGCACUCGGACCACUGAGACAGACACCCUCUGCACCGACCCAGCCUCUCUCUCUGAGGCUCAGGUUAGUCCAAGCUGAAAGGUGGUGGGUUGGUAUGCGCAGACCUUUCAGGGGCUCCCCCACUUCCCUCCUGAGCCACUCACGGGAGCCCCCACAGAGCCAUCUCACUGCUGGGGGCUCUGUUUUGUAGUUUCUCUAAAAAUUGUUCACUGUUUACUUAGAACUGACCCAGGUUUCUGUGACCUGCUAGAGCUUCUCUCCCCGGUCUAAGAAACCUGCUCCUGCCGGCAACUCCCGAGGGCCAGCUGGAAGGUCCUCACAGGAGCAGGGACAGGCCUGAAGGCUGCCCCAUGCAGCCCGAUGGCUCUGAGCCUUCUCUGCCAUCACCUUUGCUCCUGAAAUCUGGUGGGGAUAAGGCUUUCCCUGGGGUCCUGUCCCCCAGAAUGCUGCCCCGUUGGGGGUGUGCUGGUGCCCUCCUCCCACAUUCUGUCUUAAUGAUGAAGGCACAAGGAGGAGGGCUCUGCCGCGGCCAUGGGGUUGGCCUUGGCUUUGUUGGCUUUGAUGUCCAGAAGUCCAGUCGGAUCCACUGGCCACACCUGCACUCCAGUGAUCACGAGUCUGCACUGUGUUUGCACGUGCCACCUUCUCUGUCGUCUCCCCCCCCCGCCCCCCCGACAUCCACUCAGUGCAGAGUGAGGUCUUGGCUGCCCCUCCAGUGAAACCUGAUGGAGGCAAGUGAUCAUCUGGCGUGGAGCACCGCCUGACCUUUGCCACUGGCCUGCCUGCCUGGCCCUGCCCUGGGAAAGCUCUGCCCCAGGCACACUGCUGGCAUUGUUCAGCAUGGCUUAAUGAAGCGUGUCCCCCACACCCCUGAGAGUAUCUGAGUGUUGAGCCAUCUGCCCACCAGAUGGGCAGGGAAACCCAGGCGCUGUCACCUUCCCCCCCCCCCCAAGUGACAGCACUCAUUGGGCCCUCGAGCACAGGGACCUCCUCAGCCUCCUAAAGUGAAUGGAUCUUCCAACGGAACCCACAGGAUGUGGAUCCACAGAGUCGGGCAGCUGCGGGGAUGGGUCUAGUGACCCACAGGCCUUGGCAUUGAUGUCCAGCAGCCCAGUAGGAUCAGGCCAGAAGGUCCCGGGCCAAGGAGGGAGGAGACUGAAAGGAAACAGAAGAUGUUCCUUGGCAGGGAGCUCCGAGCUGCCAGCCUCCUGCAUCCCAGCCCACCACGCCAUGGUGAGGAGGGCGCUGCCGAGAGCCCCCACCAGCUGACCCCACCGACAGGUGCCGUAGAACACAGAUGCCAGAACCCCGUGGCAGCCAGCCCCCGUCAGAGACAAAUAGCCCCAUCUGGGGGCGAAGCUGCCUUCCCAAACCACCGUGCUGACUCCCCAGAGUGACCGUCCCCUUCUACUUGCCUUAAAACUGGAGAAGAAUCUAGAAUUUGCACUUAGCAGAAGAUUACAAAAUGUAAAGUGUUGCAUGACCAACCCGUCACUUUGUAUAAAAUAGUUUAUUAAAUUUUUCCUUAACCUUCGGUAGUAAAGAUGCAGUGACGGUUUAAACUGCUGUGUGUAAAAAGCCUGUAUCAUAUGUAACUUGGAUUCUUGUAAAUAAACGUCAUGCAUUCC